UAAUAUUUCUCUCUACACAAUAUUAUUUUUAUCAAAUAUGAAGCUUGUAGUGCUAGUAUUUCUUUUCUUGACAAUACUAGUACUACUAGCUAAUAAUGUUGGAGCAAUAAAUGAUGAUGAUGAUGAUAAUGAUCGAAUCGUCAUAAGCUCAUCAUCAUCAUACGACACAGAAAAUCAAGAUCAUGAUGAUCGUGACUAUGAAUUCGAGAAAACUAGUCACGAUUGGGUACGAGGUGGGCGAGUUUUGGCGACACAGAAGAUGACAUGUGACAAGUUUCCUAGAGUUUGUCGUUUGAAGAGCAGUAGUGGGCCAGAUUGUUGUAAGAAGAAUUGUGUGAAUGUGAAGAGUGAUAAGUUGAAUUGUGGUAUGUGUGGGUACAAAUGCAAGUAUACUGAGAUUUGUUGCAAAGGGAGUUGUGCUAACAUCAACUUUGACAAAAGGCAUUGUGGUGCUUGCAAGAACAAGUGCAAGAAGGGUCAGUAUUGUGUUUAUGGGAUGUGUGAUUAUGCAUAAUUAAUUGAAAAUAUCGGUAUACAUAUAGUACUAAUAAUUAAUUAACAGUUAAUUAAUGUACUAUUUAUAUUUGUAUGAUUUAUUGAUGAUUGCCUUUUCAAUUAGGCACUUGAUCAACAACAUUUGUUGAUUGUUUCUUAUCAUGUAUUAU